CCAGACGAUGUCGAAUUCGAAUGGCAAUUUCCUCAUGCUGUGCAAGCUAUGUGGUCAGGGUUUUCAGGGGAGCCAGAUGAAAGCCGCACAACACUUCACGAUCAAGAACAAUUGCGCCAAAAUCUCCGUGGAGCAGAUGGCGGAGAUCUGGAACAAGACAAAGUACGGGUUCGAUCCAAGCCAUCAACGGAAGAUCGUGGACUUUCUGAAGUCUCAUGGGUUUCAAUACAAUAGAUGUGGAUCGGGGAGGGAGCCGGCGGGGAAGGAGGAGUUCGAGGACAGCGAGGAGGAGAGGAGGGCGGUCAAGGGUGGAGAUGAUGAUGGUGAGAGUGAUGCAGAGGACAUGGAGGUGCGGCGAGAGGUGGAGCGCGCCAGGGGAAAGAUGAGGAAGGAGAAGGCCAUUGACGAGGACAGCACCCCUGACGAGGACGACGACGGCGACGAUGACGAUCAGGGAGCAGACCUUGGGGCCUCUCUGGACGGGGGGUUGAUGGGCGAUGGUCGUCGUGGCCAAGAGGGGGCAGCCAGGGCGAUGAAGGAGGCUGCGGGAUCGAAGAAGAGAAAGACGAAGGCGAAGAUGACUACCACUGAGGCGAGAUUAACACCUUCUCAGCCCAAAAAGAGCAGAGUUAUUCGACAGACGUCCAUGCUAGAGACCUUCGAUCAAGUGUGGCAACGAGAAUUCUCUGACUCCGUCCUGCAGUGGUGGUACGUGAGCGGCAUCCCAUUCGAGGCGGCGAGGAGGCCAGAGUAUCAUACGAUGAGGAAGAAGUUGCUCGAGUGUCCGCCGUAUGCACAUCCGGCAUUACCCACGCACCGUGUCAUUUCCUGCGACGACAUCCCUCAGCAGCAGCGAGUUGUGGCGGACAUGGUGGCGGCCAUCCGCAGGGACAUUGAGGCCACAGGAGCAACCAUCCUCACGGAUGGUCGCAAGUCCAUCACGAGCGACCAGAUAGAAUGUGUAGCGGGAUGGUUCUGUUUAGGAGAGGCCGUCGUGGAGCGAUGGAAGGAUGUGUUCGACAAGUUCGGUGUCGACAAGGUGAACGCCAUUUGUACUGAUUCAGCGUCUGCGUAUGUCGCUGCCUCCAAGCUCCUCGCCGAGGAGGAAGUCAAGUACAGCCGCAUCACUUGGCUUCCGUGUGCGGUGCAUGUUUGCAACUUGUUGUUGUCAGACAUCGCGAAGGAUGGGCGUGACGGGAGCCUCGGGACAAGGGAGGACACCAUCAUCAGGGCUCGAACUGUCAUGGGUUUCAUGAGACAGCACGGGGCGGCUCUGAGCCUUUAUCGACGGUUCUCUGCCGCCCACCCCUCUUCGGCCUCCGCGGUGGCUAGUAGUUCCAACUCUACGCCACCCUCGUCUCAGCGGCGAGGUAGGGAGCUUGUGUAUCCUGUGCAGACGAGGUUUGCCACCCACUACUUGAUGCUGGAGAGGCUGCUGGAUCGUCGCAGAGCAUUGGAGGCGUUGAUGAUGAGUGACGAUUGGCUGCGGACUGCAUGGAGGAGGUCCAUUUUUUUGCAAGCCAGAUGGGUCCGUCAUCAGGUGCGGUACGUGCCAUUCUGGGAGCACGUGGAGGACAUCGUGGCGCUGAUGAUGCCUGUGAUGCAGUUGCUACGGCGUCUGGACAGGGGGGGGCGCGUGAUGACUCGCAUGUGGUCGUGGAGUUUUGUCAUGGUCGAUAGGGUGGCGAGAGCAAGCCUGAACAGGACGUCAAAGAAUGAGCUCCACAUCGUUGUUCAGGCUUGUCAGGCGCGGACGUUGCGCACGCAGCUGGCGGAGUUUCAUUCUCGGGAGGGCAAUUGGACGUAUGGAGGGGUCGAGGGAGACAGGGAUGCGGCCGCCUGCAAAGGGGAGAAGGAGACGUCACAGGUGAAGAGGCGUAAUCAGCUUGGUUUCAUCAAGCUGACUCGUUUGGUGGAGAUAUCCACCAACUUGAGAUUGAGUCGUUGUCAGGGGAGGGGUUUUGGGUAUGUUCUUCCAUGGGAGGACGCUGAGGAGGAGACAGAGGACGAUAUUCCUCCGCCUCGUGAUGAGGGUGUUCGGCCGGCCGACCGAGUCACCGAGGCACAGCGUGACCGGCAGGUCCAGCGCGGGCGGAAGGAUCGCCUUUCAAAGGCACCUCCCAGCGUCGAGACGUAUUUUGGUUGUCGCGCCACGGUGCUCAUGGUGCAUGAGUUGGAGUCGGUGUACGAUCCCGAGCCUGAUCCCAUGGAUCAGGACGAGAUGGAGGCCGAGCCGUGGUCCGAUCCAGACGACCUGGCCGUGGAGUCAGAGCCAGGAGGUUCUGAUGAUGAUGACGACGACACUCCUCUCAUCCAGAUUCCGCGUCCUCGCACACGUGCGUUCACGGCUGCCGCUGCACCGUCUCCCGCAGCACGCCCUCCUUCGAGUGCUCCCGACGUCUCACAGCCAGGACCGGAGGACCGUGUCGAGAGCCCUACGCCACACCCUUCGACCGAUCGUCGCAGACAGGGAGGGACUCACGAGCGUGUCGACGAGGGAGACGACGACGAUGGCUACAACAGGGAGGGAUAUGAGGGCAGCAGGAUGAGGAUGAUCCCUGUUAUUCCCCGUCACGCGGACAUGGUGACGACGACGACGACGAGGGCGGCGACGGUGGACAGGCUGUGGGUGGUUUGCGGAAGUCCAAGAGACAACGUGGCGACCGAUGCAGUGGUGCAGGCAGGGGAGGCAGCGGGCCGGGUGUUGGGGGUGCAGGGCGCACAGGUGGUGCAGGGCGUGCUGGCAGAGGAAAAGCCCGCUGAGGCAGUUGUGGUUGCUUCCUCCCCUAUAGAGGUUGCUCCGUCCCCUGCAGAGUUCGCAGUGGCGUCUGCAGAGGGCGCAGCGGCGUCUGCGGAGGGCGCAGGCGGGUUUGCGGGUGGUAGUGGCAAUGAUGGAGAGGUUGGGAGGCCAUCUGGACAGUUGGGUGUCAGUUUCAGCGACAGCAUUUUUGAUGUUUCGUUAGGGCAUCCUCCGACACCAGCAGGGGAGCGUGUUGGUGUCGAUGUGGACGCAGCGGCCACGCCCGUCUGUCAGAUACUUCGUGACAUACCUUCAUGUAGCACGGGCGACAUCAGUAGUAGCAUGUUGCAGGAGGCAGCAGAGGGGGCACCGGGUUGGUCGGGGCAGCACGAGCGUGCAGCUGGGGAUGAUGGGGAGUGUCAACCUGUGCAGGAGAAGGCGACAAAGUCAGAGCAGGACAGGAUCGACCGCGAGGAGAGGAGGAGGGCGCAGGGGUUGACUUGCCGCUGCGAGAUGACGCAAAGUGUUGCAUCGAGGGCACGUGUAGCGCGGAUGCUCGAGACGGGCGUUGAGGCAGGUGAUGCAGAGGGCGAGUGCGGCGGUGCGGGCAUUGGAGAUGCGGGCGAGAGACCUACGUUGCCAUUGGAGCGGCAGGCACGGGAGGACCCGUUGCAGGCAGAUCGUCGCGGGCGGAUGGCCGAGGCGUCGAGGAGAUUGAUGGCAGAGGGCCCGGCUUACGUGCCUUGCAGCCCGUCAGUGCCAUCGUCCACCACAGGUGUCAGCACACCUGCACAUGUGGAGGGUACAGGCGCGGCAGAGGCGGCACGGGGCCCCUCGCCGACACCUGCCGGGGAGUCUCCUUCUCCUCAGUCACGGAAGAAGAAGAUGAGAGUAGGGAAAAGUCUUAGUACCGUGAGGAGAGUGAUGCAGACGAUGCGGGCGAGUCAGCCUGGGUUGGCCGGUUUACAUCCGCGGACACGGGCGGUUUUGGGCGGGGACGUUGUCGCAGACGCAAUAGGAUGGCAGGAGAGGGUCUCCGAUCGAGCGACGGAUCAGCCCAUGAGCGCACCUGCUGAGGCGACGUUGCCACAUACCGCAGGGCGUACAGCGGGCACGGGCGACCACGCCGAGCACAAUGCGCCCCCCGGGAGGAGCAUGGUUGCACAUAUAUUGCGGGAGGAUGUGAGGGCAGCGACAACGCAGCGGCCAUCACAGGCACCAGUCGUUUGGGAGUCUGGCACAAACGAUUUGGAGAUGCCUUAUGGCCAGCGGAGGAGGGUAUCCGUUUACGAUCUUCUUCGACCACAGGGAGGGGUUGAGGCGGCGCCACAGGGGGAGAUUCAUGCUCCGGAUACUACGCACGCGCCGGCAGGCGGCACAGGUCGUGGGGAUGGUGUGAAAGGUGUGGUGCCGCGGAGGAGGAGGAAGGACAUUGUGGACGACGAUGAUGCAUAGUUCCACCAUUAGUCUUCUUUCAUCCUCUGAUUCGUAGUAGUGUAGAGUAUAUUUAGUGCUUGAGACGAGGCCUUGUGUUA